CAACCUGAUUUGGCUGGCUUUGUAUAAUAAUAGCUGCUGCAAUGGUCAAAGCAAAGAUCUUGGUCGUCGGUCCGUGUGAGUCGGGGAAGACGUGUAUCUGCAACUACUUGGCAGAGGCGACGGAGUCCUCUGGAGGGGAGUACCACCCAACACAGGGUGUCAGGAUCCUGGAGCUGGAGGUGGAGGGGGAGGAGGAGACCGGGAGGACACUGCUGGUGGAGGUGGAGCUCUGGGACUGCAGCGGGAGCAAACAGUGGGUGGGGCCUGUUGUUAUGGGCAACGCAUCAACAGAUACUUUUUACCCCCUGUAUACAGUCGUGUAUGUACAACAGUGUAAUGUGUGCAGGUUUGAGCGUUGCUGGCCAGCCAUGGUGAAGGACACUCACGGUGUGGUGCUAGUCCACAACCCAGACCAGCCACAGCAAGAGAAGGAGCUAGAGAGAUGGUAUUCUUACUUUGUGAAGCAGCAGGGGCUACAGGAUGACCAGUGUUUGGCUCUCUCUCACCACAAGCCAGUGUCUGCAGGCUACACUGAGACCUCUCCUGACUCACAACUCUCCUCUGAGAGGCUGUCUGGGAUCAGACAGGUCCACACCAGUCUGGAGGAGGAGCCAGAGGCCGUGAGGGAUGAGUUCAACAGUUUCCUGAUGUCAGUGGUGGGGAGCUGGGCCGACAGACAACACCGCGAGGAGGGAUCAAUUAUUGAUGGAGAUAAUGAAUUCUAACAUUGCAAUACAUUUUAGAUCACGUGCAUACAUUAGAAAUAUCUGCAGAGUGUUACCAAAACGAGGUAAACUGUUGCAUUACAAUGUUAUGCAGACAGUGCUGAAAAACAAUUAAAUUUUGCUGGCCCCUAUUAAACCAUAUAAUAUACAGCGUCCUAUAACUAUACACACAGAAGAAUAGUUAUUUCUAGUCCAGUCAGGUGGGUGGUGGUAGAGAUCGAAGUGGAGGCAGAGAAGGAGGAUGAGAGGGAGGAUAAAUCCGUUUCUGACUCUCGAUAUAUUGGACCUGGCUUGAUGAAGAUGGUGGGGGGAACGUGGCUGGCGGUGACCUGGUCCAUGGAGGAGGAAUAGCGUGGACAUGAGAAGUCUAGGUGAGGCAGGGCCACCGUCCCCACUGCCACUGGGUACAGGUUGUAGGUGAGGGUGUGGGUCCCUGAAGGCAGGAUCCUGAACCGAC